CGAGGAAGGUCACCCUUGGUUAACAGAGUAUGAGACAUCGAAGGUUUUCAAGGACUACCAGUUUGAUCAGGAGAACCAUCUGCUUGACCAUGAGAGUCCGUUUGAAGAGGGCAAGAAGAGGCUGGCAGUUGGGGACAUCCCCAAUGCAGUCUUGUUGUUUGAAGCAGCGGUGCAGAAAGAUGCUUCACACAGUGAGGCAUGGCAGUACCUGGGAACUACGCAGGCUGAAAACGAGCAAGAACUGGCAGCAAUAGCCGCCUUGAGACAGUGCCUUCAACUUGACCCAAACAACCUAACAGCACUGAUGGCAUUAGCCGUCUCCUAUACUAAUGAGUCAUACGGCUCGCAUGCCUGCCAUGCCUUGAAGUCCUGGCUGGCUCGCAAUCCUCGCUACUCACAUUUAGUUCAAGGUGACAUUCCUGCUCAACCUCCAGAGUUGACUUUCAUGUCCAGCAUUGAGCAUGAGGAAAUCAGAGAACUAUAUUUGUCAGCAGCCAGACUUUCUGCAGAAACACAGAUUGAUCCUGAUGUUCAGUGUGGGCUGGGCAUAUUGUUCAACCUGAGUGGAGAGUACAGCAAGGCCGUCGAAUGUUUUAACCUGGCACUUCAAGUCAGGCCACAGGAUGCCUUGUUAUGGAAUAAAUAUGGAGCUACCCUGGCCAAUGGAAACCGAAGUGAGGAGGCUGUUGAAGCCUAUCGGAGAGCCUUAGAGCUGUCGCCAGGCUAUAUUCGUUCCCGCUACAACUUGGGCAUUGCCUGUGUCAACUUGCAGGCAUACAAAGAAGCAGUGGAACAUUUUGUGACAGCCUUGAACCUGCAGCGAGAAAGUAGAGGUCCCAAUGGCCAGGUUUCUGCCAUGUCUGAAAAUAUUUGGAGCACGCUACGAAUGACCUUAUCCUUACUAGGAAGAACUGACUUGUACACAGCUUGUGAGAAACGAGACCUGGAUCAGCUUAAAAACAUCUGA